CUCUCAGCCUGCAAUUCCACCACACUCACUCUCCCAACUCUCACCACCUUCCCUUCAUAUUCUCUCCACGGUUCACUCAGUUUUGAAAUUUCAAAAUGAUACAAUCGAAUUCAAAUUCCAGCGCCAACAAUCCAAAACCACCGGACACUUACCAACCCAUGUUAACAGAAUCCGUCCAGCGGUUUUUAAGCGAGUACCGUAACGGCGCAACCGAUUUCUCCAAUUUCACCUCUAUUUUCUCUCGCUUGCUACAGACUUUACCAGAUCCGCCCCUCGAAUUCGUCUGGUUUUACUCCGCAGUAACUUUCCACUCCACUAAAUUCGACUCUCCGAAUUCAAUAUCCGCUUCCAAAGACCUUUUCCAGCUUCUGGUCUCCUGCUCCGCUUCUUGUAAGCCCGUUACAAGAAUCUCCGUACUUGCUCCCGUUAUUUACGAGCUGUUCCGUUUAGCUUUUGAUCGUAAAGAGUUAAAGAAAGAAGUGGAGAGUUUGCUAGAAGGGAUUGUUAGUUACAUUAGCAUAUGUUGCGGUAUGGAAGCUGAGGGAAACGACGACUUGAGUUCGCGUUUUGUGGAUUUGUUGCGCGUUUGGAUGGUGGAUAGAGGUAGGGAAGAGGAAGGUGAAAAGAGAGAUUACUUGAAGGUGUUUUUUCCAAUUGCUAGCGAAGAAGUUCGAAAAAUGAUUGGCGGAGGCUGUAGGGUUUGGUAUUUGGCUGGUGUUGUUAUGUGUCAGGCUUUUCUGCUGAGGUUGUGCUUGAAAUUUGGGGCUGAGAUUUCAAAAUUGGAGUUGGAGAAAGACGUGCAUGAUUGCGCGGUUCAAAUGAUAACUGGGUUUCGGAAUUUUUACUUUCUGGAUAUCCUUUUCAGGAUGCUGUUGGAACCAGUUUUACCCAUUACCUCUCUACUGGGCCAUGGAAAUGAAAUUCUUUUAAGAGAAAUUUUGUAUGAUGCUGUAAUAACGAUGGACCAUACAUUCCUCUGUCCCCAGGGGGGGAUUCUGCUACCUGGCAAACAAUUAAAAGAUCUUGCUUUGACAUGGUCCUUUGUUGCUGACAAUGCCAUAUGGUCAGUGAGGGAGAAUGGUAACCAGACCAAAGCUAUCUCUUACAUAAAUGCUUUCUCUGAAUCUUGCCUACCCUCUCAGUUGAUCAAUUGGGUUACUAGUCAGACAGGGAUGGGGGACAAAGCAAGGAGCCUAAAUGUUUCCACUCCCGUAGCUCUGAUCAAGUGGCUUCUCAUCAUUGAGGAUCAAGGUGUGAGAAUAUUUGAAUGUGACAUCUCCAAGGUUUAUGCCAAGGCAGUGCUUUGCAAGUCAAGGGCUGAAUAUGAGAUCCCGGUUGUUAAGACCAAUGGCAAAAUUUUGGGUCAAAAUUUUGUUUACAUGGUUCAUGAAGGGAGAGAAGCCAAGAAAGCUGAUGGUGAUCUGGAGAUGAUUGAUUCUAUGGAUACUGUUCCCUUGACCGCUCCUUGCUUGAUGAAAUCAACACCAACUGAUGGUGUAAGAAAACGCAAAGAAGGGAGCAAUGUUGAAGAGGAAAUACCUGUUAAGUUUGUAAAGUAUCACUUUCAUGAAAAUUUGGUCAGGGAGAAGCUUUUGUCUUUGGCUAAAGAUGAUGGUUUGAGUAGUGGGAGUGAGGUUGACAAUCCAGCUUCAGAUGAAGAUAUGAAAGAUGUGGAACAAUAAGUUCCGACUAAGGCAGCAACUUGAUCACAGUAAACAAAAUGAUUUUGGUGAAUGUGGUUUCUGAGACAGUUACUGCUGUUACAGUCAAUUUCGACGAAGAGCAGAUGAGAACAUUCUGCAACUGAAUUUACUCUAUUCCAUAUCUUAUAUUUUGAGGUUGGCUGCAUGCCGAUAAAGAUAGAAAUGCGGCUUGUGAUCUUUUUGUCCAUUUUUUGAAGGCCAAGUUUAUGAUUCAGCCUUACCCCAAACUUGAUGAUUCUCUUAGUUGUAUCAAUAUUUGAAGGCUUUGUGGCUGAAGAAGUCAGUAUUUUGACAUUGGAUGAUGGCUUCUCACUUCAGCAUCGGCUUCUAAAUCACCCCCUCGAAUUGUUCAUUAUGCCAUUGUAGAGGAAAUAUAUCCAAGUUAUUGUAGUAUAUGAUCUGCGCAAAGGAAUCAAGUAGUAAUAGAAGUGAAAUUAA